AUGGCCACGUACCGAGGAAUCUCGAACUCAGCACAACCCACAACGCGUGGGCCGGCGACCAGAGGCUCCCGCCGUGCCCGCCAAGGCCCGCCAGCGCGCAAGAAGGCCGCAGCGCCACCGGCCAAAUGUGUGGACCUGCACCUCCUGGCAGUAGUGCUGCCGGGCGGCGGCGUGUCACGUUGGAGUGCUGCUUUCUCCAGCACCGCGCCCCCCUCUGUUCCCAGUUUCCAGCUCGUCGUCGCCUGCCUCGCCGGCCUCCUGGCCAUCCUACGCUUCCUCAUGACCAACCUCAUCUCGUCCUUCAUCAUCGAGCCCGUCGUCCGCCACGCUCGCCGAUUCUCCGAAGCCACAGCCUCCCAGUGGCCGGGUAGCCAUGGCGAAUCAACGGCGAUCCCUGACGAAUCCCGCCGUCCAUCACGUGUGAGCGGGAGCUAUCCAUCGCCGCGCCGCGAGGCGACGAGCCUCUCCGCCGGCCAUGUCUGCCUCCAAGGCGCAGCAGCGUCGCAGUCUGUAGCAGGCGCCGCCGGCAGCCCUCAGCCCGCGCCCCCUGCGACCGCGACCGCGACCGCGACCGCGCCCUCGCAGCGCUCCGACUUCGCCACUGUCCACACCCCCGAGCCUGCCCACGAGUCGCCCGAAGAUCCUCCUAGGUCCACCGCUGCCGCAGGUCAUGCUCGGCUCACGCAAUUGCCAGCGAGCACCACCGCUGCCUCAUCUCGAACCGCAAGCCUGCCCCUCGAGGACGAGCGCUCCAGCAAUCCCGCCCACGGCAUCCCCGCACCCUUUCGCCCAGUAGCUGCGGAUUCCCCCGACGCCGGCCGCCCUCCGUGGGGUAGCGCAACCGCCAACCAUCAGACCGGCCGAGACCCUGCCCGUGCAAUGAGCUACCCUCCGGCCGGCGUCGCCUCUGCUGAGGUCAAAAUGUCCGAAUCCUUGCCUGCCGACGAUGGCAUGCGCCUCAUGCGCCUGCGCAUCCAUGAGAUCCGCAGCCUCGGCGUCCCGAGCGACGAGAAGGCCAGGCGCAUGCACUCCCUGAUGACCGAGGGAUACCAUGCCCGCCACAGCCAUGCCCCGCGCCCGCCGUCGCCGUCGAGCAUCAUGUCGAACGAGCGACCCUUCACUCCGAGCUCGACGCGGUCCGAGAUGCACAUCUCGUCUCCAAACUCCGUAUACUCCCUGUACGAUGGUGACAACCCGUACAACCUCACGGCCGAGGAUCUGAAGUCUACGUUCUAUCCCGACGACGAGGCAGAAUACGGAGUAGACGCUCAUGCUCGCAUGGACGAGGAUGAGGUGGACGACGAGGGGCCCAUCUACGGCUGCAAACAUUACAAGAGGAAUGUCAAGAUCCAGUGUUUCGACUGCAACCGCUGGUACACUUGCCGCCAUUGCCAUGAUGAAAGCGAAAACCACCAUCUCAACCGGAAGAAGACGAGGAGCAUGUUCUGCAUGUUGUGCGCAACUCCGCAACCGGCAGGGGAAUUCUGCCGGUCAUGUCAUGCGCGGACGGCAUGGUAUUACUGUGACAUUUGCAAGCUCUGGGACAACGACAGCGCCAAGGGCAUCUAUCACUGCGCCGACUGUGGCAUUUGCCGGCGCGGAGAAGGCCUUGGGAAGGACUUUAUCCAUUGCAAGAAAUGCAACGUCUGCAUCAGUAUCAAAUUCGCCGAAGACCAUCGGUGUAUUGAACGGGCUACAGAUGCCGACUGCCCCAUAUGCAAGGACUACAUGUUCACCUCGUCUACCGACGUCGUGGCGAUGAAAUGUGGCCACUACAUGCAUCGUAACUGCUACGACGCUUACAUGCAGACUGACUACAAGUGUCCCAUGUGCAAGAAGAGUGCUGUCAACAUGGAACUGCAGUGGCGCAAAGUCCGUGAUGCAGUCGACAGUCAACCGAUGCCGGCGCAGUUUGCAGAUACCAAAGUCGUCGUCCAUUGCAACGAUUGCUCCGUGAAGUCUACAGCACAGUAUCACUGGCUCGGUAACCAAUGCACCCAUUGCGAGUCGUUCAACACCAACGAGCUACGGCUACUUUCCCGCAACGGGCCUGAGCGAGACCUUGGCGCCGCUGACUCUACGACUACACCGUCGUCCCCUCGUUCGUGUCUUACACCGGUAACAAACACCGUCGAGCGCAGGACGUCCGGGUCUUACUUUCUGCUUGCGGAACGAGAGGAGCGUGAAGCACGUGAAAGAGAGGCGGCCAUGCGGCCUGCAUCCGCCGACGGAUCAUCCUUCUCGCCGUUCGAGAUGCUGCAACGAGUGAGGUCUUUGUCGCCUGUUCGCCGGCUGUUGGGCGGAUCGGAUGACGAGAUGGACGAUGCCGACGAGGACGAAGACGACGACGAUGGAGAAGAAGACAGCGACGACAGCAUGGAUGACGACGAUGAAGACGAGGACGAGGAGCUCGAAGAUGCCGACGGAGAUGACAUUCUCGACGGCAUUGACCUUAUUGGACAUCGUUAA